GACAUGCCGCCCCUGGCGAUACCUGCAAGAAGACCGAGUUCAAGUGCCAUGACGGCCAACAGUGCGUCCCCUCAUCCUUCCACUGCGACGGCACUAACGACUGCCGCGACGGAUCCGACGAGAUUGGUUGCGUCCAGCCGACCGUUGUUGAACCCCCAGAGCCCCGUCUCCACGUUCAACGGGGCGCCACCUUCGAGCUGAAGUGCAAGGCCGUCGCCGUCCCCGAGCCGUACAUCAACUGGCGUCUGAACUGGGGCCCCGUUUGCGAGCCCCCACGUUGUGUCCAAACUUCCGAGGGUGGAGUUGGUGUGCUGACCGUCCAGGAUGCUCAGCCACUCGACCAGGGAGCGUACACCUGCGAGGCCAUCAACGUCAAGGGACGCGUAUUGGCCACUCCCGAUUGCAUCGUCCAAGUUGGAGAUGGAGACGUUCAGCCCCCACCGCCACCACCGCCACCACCAAGGCCCCAAGUCCAGUGCGACGUACGCGGCUCCGUCCAAUCGUACCAGCAGGAACGCUGCGAGUGCAAGCCGCUCGUGACGGGACCCCGUUGUGACCAAUGCCAGCCCGGCUCAUUCCACCUCUCCGAGAAGGCCCCGCAGGGAUGCAUCAAGUGCUUCUGCUUCGGCGUCACCAACCAGUGCCAGAGCUCCAGCCUCUACCGCACCAAGGAAGAGCUGCUGUUCGCUGGAGACGCAGAGGGUGUUACCAUUUCGGAUAUUGAGGAGCGAAACAUUGACUAUCAUCCGCAGUUCGAGUUCAGG